CUGGGGCUCGCAGGGGAGAAAGGAAACAGGGGCAAGGCUGGCCAGGCCGGGCAGAUGAGAGAGCGUGGACUUCCGGGCCUGCCAGGGGAGUGACAUGGGGCUGACGGGGAAGCCAAGCCCAAAGGGCGACGCCAGCCUUGAUGGGGCCUCUGGAGCUGGGGGGGAGAAGGGCCCCCAGGGGCCACAGGGCCCCAAAGGUUUCCGAGGCCCGAAGGGGCCGCCUGGCCCGGCUGGGAAGGACGGGCUGCCUGGACAGCAACGCGGGAAGCCGGGAUAUCAUGGACAUGGAGGGGAGCAGGGCCCCUCUGGUCCCACUGGGGAGAAGGGCGCCCCGGGCGAGAGGGGCCCGAUGGGCCCUGCCGGGCGUGAUGGGAUCCAGGGGCUCAGGGGCCUGCAAGGCCCAGCCGGACCCCCGGGCCCUGCAGGCGAGGAUGGCGACAAGGGGGAGCUUGGGGGCCCGGAUAGCAAGGGGGACAAGGGGGAUGCGGGCCCACCAGGACCGACCGGUAUCCAGGGACUCAUCGCGCACCCUGGCUCCGCGGGAGUGGAUGGAGAGCCCGGCCGCCGCGGGCAGCAGGGGAUGUUUGGCCAGAAGGGAGACAAGGGGGCACAGGGAUUCCCUGGCUUGAGUGUUCCUGUUGGAUUGCAAGGCAUGCCGGGCCCGCAGGGAGAGAAGGGUCUUUUGUUAAACAAUGGGACUCCAACUGUGAGUCAAGAGGAACUCCAGCAAAACACACGUGCAAAUCAAAGCAGCAGCAUCACACAGCAUGGAGAUCUUUUUAUAAAGAUAAGUGAUAUGAGUGACAAUAAAAGUGAAACUAAUUCCAUUUGUUCAUCUUCUAUUCAGAAUUUUGCUAUGGAGGUAGCAAAUUAUAAAGCAAGAGGAAGCCAAAUCAUCCAUUUAGAAACCAGAAAUGGACAGAAGACUUCUAGCGCUGAGAACCUGGUGACUGAGUACUGCAAUUUACGAUUAGAGAAGAAAAUUGCGGAUGAAGAGAUGACCCAAUAUGCAUCAGGUGCAGAGGAAGAAGAUACUGAUGAAUUUGAGGAUAACAACAAAGAGGUAGAUAAAACAGUUGAAUCUGAAAAAGAAGCUAAUAAAAAGCAAGAUUCUUGA